AUGGCGGUGGCAGGGUCCGGCGUUUCUAGGCUGCUGGGUCGGUCCUGGCCACGGCUGGGCCAGCCUAUGUUGAGCGGCGCCCACGGCGAAGAGGGCUCAGCUCGCAUGUGGAAGGCUCUCACCUACUUCGUCGCGCUCCCUGGGGUGGCAGUGAGCAUGCUGAAUGUCUUCCUGAAGUCGAAACAUGGAGAGCAUGAGAGACCCGAGUUUGUCGCCUACCCCCAUCUCCGCAUCAGGGCUAAGCCUUUUCCCUGGGGAGAUGGUAACCAUACUCUAUUCCACAAUGCUCAUGUGAAUCCACUGCCCACCGGCUAUGAAGAGGAUUAAAGAGAACCUGCACCAUUACCUAAGCACUUGGGAC